AUGAUAAUCCAUAAUAUAGUGUUCGGUUUCUGUGUUUUAGGGUUUACUGCUGUCCAUGGAUAUAUAUCAAUUAUUAAGACUGUAGGAACAGAUGCGUCAGAGCUUCUUACCAUACGUGACUUAACCACGGACAUAAAUUAUUAUGAAGUGGAUUUAUAUUAUAAUCAGUAUAUACGUAUCCAUGUGGAUGGUGAUGGUAGAAAUGUAUUUAACAUAGACCCUCUGGAGCAGUAUUCAUAUUACACCCUUCCAAAGAAUCAGUCGUUAAUUGGCGCAGAGAAGAGAGAGAAAAUAAAUAUAGUGAAAACUCUUCCAAUAAAUGUUGAAAAGUCUGGAAAUGACUUUAAACUAUACUAUAACGACAACGAGAAGCCGAAGAAGAUUGUAAAAAUGUACCUCGACCUAUUAGGGAGAGGGUCAGCGGUCGUAGGUGUAGUUCAAAUUAACGUCAUGCCCGAACUUGAAUACAUCGGUCCUGAGGACGUGACUGACUAUUCAAAGCUGAUCGAUAGAACUAGAGUAGUGCGUUACUAUAAGGAGAUGCGCCAGGGAGUAAAGUGGAAGGGAAUCUGCGACAUCUCAAACCGUAAAACCCUAAGAGCUCCGAAAAAAAAGUUUACCAGCGAACAAGGAAAAAUCGAAUACACGUCAAUAAAUACGGCCCUGUUCGUCCCCGAUAGUCAUGGAAUCUUCGAGGUGGACUUGAGCGACGGCACAAUCCUCGGAAAUGACAUGGAGCUAAACUCAAAUUGCGUUCAAAAUGACAGAACAAAUCUGAAGAUAUACAACUAUUCGAAAUAUAUGGGACUCUGUAUAAAUGGAGUGGACAGACCCAGGAGGUUAUACCAAGGAAUCCUGGACAUUGAGAGCAAAAACGUGAUUGCGAUCGACGUUCCGAGAGAUUUGUUAUUUCCGGACUGCCUGGUCGAGUUCGUGGACCCCUUUAACAGAAUUGUCAGCACUAAGAACUAUCUAAAGGGUUCCAAGCUGACUAACAUCUCCAAGACCAUUAAAAUUUUAGACAUAGGGAGGGCCAGCAGGUACAACAACAUCACCCUAAAGUGCAAGGUCGAGAAGGGGAAGAACAGCCCGGACUUGUAUUUGCACGUUAGGCCCAACUGCGACUUGACGAAACCCGAGAAUAUAGACAAAAACCGUAUAUCGUGCACCGUGUUCAUGGACCAGACGGUGUUGAACUACACGAUUCACAAGGACAAGGAGCAUUCGGUUCGCAAGGUGAUGGGAGCCAACUUCUAUUACAUGGAGGAGGAGGAGGACAUAACUCUGAGAUCCAAGUUCAAGAUAAUCCCCUCCAGCUACUUGGGCACGGGGGCCAUUAAGGUCACAGAAACCCCUGAGCAGGUUAAAAUUAACAUCUCCAGGGGGUUCAAGGUAAAGAACAACCCGAUCUUCAUGCUGGUUGAGGACAAGAAGAAUGAGCUGAAGGGGAUCGUCAGGAUUUACGUGCACAGCGACUCCGCGAAGACCAAGAUAGACAACAGCCUGGGCUUCAUUCUCAAGCUCGACCUCUCGAACAGGAGAACCACGCUCAGGUGCGACAAGCUGCUCGGGAAAGGCUACUCCCUCUACCCCAAGGGGAAGAACACGGUGUACACGAACAUCAACAACAUUGAUAAACAUCCUACUGAGUUUGAGACUGCCCAGUUCGAGGACCUGUUCGGGUCUAGCGGAGUCACCAUCCUCAAGAAGCCCGAGACGAACAGCGACCUGGAGAUCAUUCUUGACGACGGCUACGAAAUCACUGCCGACCACUACAGGCCCAUCUAUUUCAUUUGCUCCAAGGGCAACAGCUCCGAGGAGAACAAGAUUCUCCCUGAGAAGUACACGGUCAUCGCCGUCGAUCCCAUUUACACUGGCGUCAACUACCGCGGCUGCGGCAUGAGGCCGAACCUCUUUGUCGACUCUCAGGAUAAGCCCUUUAGCGGCGACUCCUGCACCUUCGACUUGAGCAAGACUGAGGACGUUCGCUUCCACUGUCCCGACUACGUGCCUGAGCAGUUCCUCGAGGAGGACCAGGAGAAGUACCGUUCCGAUGAGAGCGAGGAGAGCCACGAGAACCCCUUCAAGACGCUCUUCCGGUGCUACAAUCGUACCUCGUUCAUGAGUAGGUUUUUCAAUUACCGCACUGAGGUCAACGUUUUCAAAAAGAGGAAGUCUGUCUCGGAGCUGCGCUCCUUGUGGAGCUUCGACAAGAGGCUGAUGCGGGACCAGGGCAUAAAGUCAGUGGUUUGUGCGUGUUAUAACAAGCAAGGGGAGCCGAAGUCCAAAAUCAGAGUAACGAUCUGA